AUGAAAUCCUAUCGUACAGCAGUUACCGUGAUGAUUGGAAAUAAUAUGGCAAGAAAGUUGGAUGUUGCGCUUUUCUAUCUGCUAAACUUAAGUUCAGCAUUUUGCCUUUCUGCUGCACAUAGUGUUCUCUUACCAAAAAAAGUGGUGCCGUUCGGGGAGCUAAAAGUACCGGUUAUAACACAGUUUAUCAUCGUUUAUCUGUCAAAUCUUGUUCAUUCACAGCAGCGUUCUGGUGGCUUAUAUUUGCUCAGAGUUUUCGAUUUUUUAACAACAACAGCAGUUAUUGCUGGUAAGAAUACUCUUUACCCUACAAACGAUCGCUUAUCCUAUAGUCUUUUGGUAAGGUUUUUUAAAACAUUAGUUAAAUUUACAAGAAGCUUAAGAAACCACUUUUUUUUACGAUAUAUAUGUAGUUAAAA